ACAUUCCAACGGAAGAUGUAGAAGUAGUUAGAGGAACACGACAAUGGCUGUACUCGGUCUUAUCUUGGAUCCGUGCAGGAUCAACAAUGGCGGAUGUGCGCAUAUGUGUCAGUCACAGAAGGGAAAGAUUAUGUGCUCGUGUCGCACUGGCUACCACCUAGCCAAGGACGAGAAGCGAUGCGAAGAUGUUGACGAGUGCAGCAGCGAGAAGUCAAACAUUUGCGAACAACAGUGCGUCAACACGCAGGGCAACUACAGAUGCUCCUGCUAUGAAGGCUACCGAUUGCUAGACCAGUACAGAUGUGAAGGUACGCAGGCUCU